UCGGAGUCGCCAAAGGGCGACACUCCGUUUUCCGUCGGAGGAGCGGUGAACAGCUCCGCGCGAAAGAGAUGCGGUCGGUCUGCUGACGAUUUUUCGGGAAUAAGUCUGCGGAUAAAUUUUGUCGAUAUAAAAUUUGCCGACCGUGUGUCGAGGUGGUUUUGGGGAGACGGUUGAGGCGCGGUGAUUGGUUGGUAGAAUACCCCUCUUUGGCGUCUGAGAGAUGGCUGAUGGAAAACCCUAAACCCUUCUUUAGACCCCUCUUUGUUGUCUGAAGCUGGUCGAUAGAAAAAUAUCCCUCUUUAGAUCCCCCCUCUUUGUUGCCUGAAGCUGGCUGUCUGACCGGGAGAGCGGUAAAGAGGACGAGUGUGGAGAGGCAGAAUCGUCGCAGGAGGAGGGAGGCAGAGCGAGCGAUAUACUGACAAAAGUGCAGCAGCCGAGUCAUCAUCACAGGGGGAGGAGGAGAAAAACAGCAGAAGAAAUAUAAAUCUGUCACCAUGUCUGGAGGAGCUGAAGCCCUUGCUCGACACAAGCAGUAUGAGUAUCGUGCGAAUUCCAGCCUCGUGUUAACCACAGACACUCGACCUCGAGACACUCAUGAGCCCACCGGUGAGCCAGAGACGCUAUGGGGAAAGAUAGACCCGAAAUCAUUUGGGGAUCGUGUUCAGUACGGGAAGCCACCAGAAUUGCAGGAGAAAAUUGAGAAGGCAAAGAGGAAAAGGGAGUUCAAGGAACGAGAGAAAAGGUUGAUAGAUGUGAACGUGCGCAAGAGUAAGAAAGCAAGAACAUCCUCAGAGGAUACAGUGCUGACAAUUGUUGAUGAUGGCCUCUACAGGCCUAAAACGAAAGAAACUCGUGCAGCAUAUGAAGCACUGCUAAACAUAAUUCAACAGCAUCUUGGAGAUCAACCACAGGAUAUUUUGAGGGGAGCAGCAGACGAGGUUCUUGCAGUUCUGAAAAACGACAAGUACAAGGAUCCGGAUAAGAAGAAAGAGAUUGAGAGGCUCUUAAAUACGAUGACAAAUGAGCGGUUUGCACAGGUGGUGGCCGUUGGAAAACUUAUCAGUGAUUAUCAAGAAGGUGGGGAGGAGGGAGGGACAGCAGGCGAGGCAUUAGAUGAUGACAUUGGUGUAGCAGUGGAGUUUGAGGAAGAUGAAGACGAAGAAGAGAGUGACUUCGAUGAAGUGCAGGGUGACAGUGAGGGAGAGGAGGGUGACGAAGAUGGCCAAGAGACUGCAGAGGCACAGGCUAUGCAGAUGGAAGGGGACUUGGACGAUGAGGACCUUGGGCAGGAAGUGGGGAUAAAUGUUCAGGACAUUGACGCAUACUGGUUGCAACGCAAGAUCUCACAGGCACAUGGGCAAAUUGACGCUCAAGCAAGCCAAAAGCUGGCGGAAGAUGUGUUGAAGACAUUGGCAGAGGAUGAUGAUCGGCAUGUGGAAAAUCGCUUGGUCGAAGAGCUGCACUACGAUAAGUUUGGCUUGAUCAAGCUUCUGCUAAAAAACAAGCUAAAGGUCGUGUGGUGCACACGACUGGCAAGGGCGAGGGACGAAAAGGAGAGGAAAUCCAUCGAGGCGGAGAUGGAAAGAGAUCCUGACCUGUCUGCCAUUCUCGACCAGCUUCACGCAACCAGGGCAACUGCAAAAGAGCGUCAAAAGAAUCUCGAGAGGAGCAUCAGGGAAGAAGCAAGGAAACUGAGGGAUGGGGGAGUAGUGGGAGAAGAGAAGAAGGAUGCUGGGGUUGGAGGUGGAGCUGCUGUAGGAGCUGCGGGGGGAGGUGGAGGUGCCAGUGGCUCCAGCAGUGGAGGCUCUGGAAUUGCUUCUGCCGGAUUGGUUGGAGACAGCCAAGGGUGGGUUCAGGGUCAGCGUCAGUUGCUUGACCUUGACUCCCUUUCGUUCCAUCAAGGCGGUCUGCUCAUGGCAAAUAAGAAAUGUGAACUGCCGCCAGGGUCUUACCGUACUCCAAAGAAAGGGUAUGAAGAGGUUUUUGUGCCGGCGCUGAAGCCCAAGGCGUUUGCCGAAACUGAGAAGCUGGUGAAGAUCAGCGAGCUGCCAGAAUGGGCCCAGCCUGCGUUUGGGGACAUGAAAACGCUUAAUCGCAUCCAGAGCAAAGUGUUUGAAACAACUUUCUACACUUCGUCGAACAUGCUUUUGUGUGCGCCAACUGGUGCCGGAAAAACGAAUGUUGCCAUGCUUGCGAUUCUUCAAGUUAUUGGAGUGCAUCGGCGAGAGGAUGGGACCAUAGAUACAAGCAAGUUCAAGAUUGUGUACGUUGCCCCAAUGAAGGCGCUGGUUGCGGAGAUGGUGGGAAACUUGUCAAAUCGACUGAAGGACUAUGGUCUGACAGUGAGAGAGUUGACAGGAGAUCAGACACUGACACGUCAGCAGAUUGAUGAGACGCAGGUCAUUGUGACGACUCCGGAGAAGUGGGACAUUGUGACACGAAAGAGUGGCGACAGAACGUAUGCACAGUUGGUGAAGCUGCUUGUGAUCGAUGAGAUUCAUUUGCUUCAUGAUAACCGUGGGCCUGUGCUGGAAAGUAUCGUCGCCAGGACUGUGCGGCAGAUAGAGGCAACACAGGACAUGAUUAGGUUGGUUGGUCUGUCAGCAACCCUGCCGAAUGAGAUGGAUGUUGCAACUUUCCUCCGUGUGGAAAGGGGCAAGGGUCUGUUCAAAUUUGACAACAGUUACCGACCAUGCCCACUUGAGCAACAAUAUAUCGGUAUCACGGUGAAGAAGCCUCUCCAGAGGUUCCAGUUGAUGAACGAGAUCUGUUACGAGAAGGUAAUGGACGCAGCAGGGAGAUACCAGGUCCUCAUUUUUGUCCACUCACGCAAGGAAACAGUGAAAACGGCACGGUUCAUCCGGGACUCGGCUCUGGCAAAGGACACGCUUGGGAAGUUCCUUAAGGAGGACAGCGCAAGUCGAGAAAUUCUGCAAAUGGAGUGUGAGCGUGUGAAGAGUGCAGAGCUCCGUGACCUGUUACCAUAUGGGUUUGCAAUUCAUCAUGCUGGUAUGGCACGUGUUGACAGGACACUUGUUGAAGAUCUAUUCGCUGAUGGAGAUAUCAAGGUGCUUGUAUCCACUGCCACCCUUGCAUGGGGAGUCAACCUUCCUGCACAUGCUGUCAUCAUCAAGGGAACUCAAGUUUACAACCCGGAGAAGGGUGCUUGGUGCGAACUGAGCCCCUUGGAUGUCAUGCAGAUGCUGGGUCGAGCAGGCCGGCCCCAGUAUGACACUCACGGCCAGGGCAUCAUCAUCACUGGCCACAGUGAGCUGCAGUAUUACUUGUCACUCAUGAACCAGCAGCUGCCCAUCGAGUCCCAGUUCAUUUCCCGGCUUGCUGAUAACUUGAAUGCAGAGAUUGUGCUUGGCACUGUACAGAAUGCACGUGAAGCAUGUACAUGGCUUGGAUACACUUACCUAUUCGUGAGAAUGCUUCGUAACCCAUCGCUCUAUGGAGUCACCUCGACUGACAAAGUGCUUGAAGACUGGCGAGCGGAUCUGAUCCACUCAGCUGCAACAACUCUGGACAAAAACAACCUUGUGAAAUAUGAUCGAAAGACAGGGUACUUCCAAGUGACAGAGCUUGGUCGUAUUGCCAGCUACUACUACAUCACACACAAUACGAUCUCAACCUUCAAUGAGCACCUGAAGCCAACGAUGGGAGAGAUUGAGUUGUGCCGUCUGUUCUCACUGAGCGACGAGUUCAAGUACGUGGCUGUGCGAGAAGAGGAGAAGAUUGAGCUGGCAAAGCUACUGGAAAGAGUUCCGAUUCCAGUGAAAGAGAGUCUUGAGGAGCCAAGUGCAAAGAUCAAUGUCCUCCUUCAAGCAUAUAUUUCGCAACUGAAGCUGGAUGGCCUGUCACUUGUGUCAGACAUGGUGUUUGUCACACAGAGUGCAGGGAGAUUGAUGCGCGCACUUUUUGAGAUUGUCUUAAAAAGGGGAUGGGCACAGCUGACUGAGAAGGCACUCACUCUGUGCAAGAUGGUUACCCGUCGCAUGUGGACCAGCCAGACACCUUUGCGGCAGUUCAAGGGUAUUCCUAAUGAUAUCCUAAGCAAGAUUGAGAAGAAGGAUCUCCCGUGGGAACGAUAUUAUGACCUCAGCUCUCAGGACAUUGGAGAGCUGGUAAGGUUUCCAAAGAUGGGAAAGACGAUUCAUCGCUUCAUUCAUUUGUUUCCAAAGUUGGAGCUUGAGCCUCGUGUUCAGCCAAUAACACGAUCAGUACUGCAAAUCGAUCUCAUGAUCACACCAGAUUUUCAGUGGGAUGAGAAGGUUCAUGGCUUUGUGGAGCCGUUCUGGGUCAUCGUUGAAGACAAUGAUGGGGAGACGAUCCUUCACCAUGAGUACUUCCUUCUGAAGAUGCAGUAUGUGGAUGAGGACCAUAACCUCACAUUCACUGUUCCAAUCUAUGAUCCUCUGCCUCCUCAGUACUUUGUGAAAGUCAUUUCUGAUCGAUGGCUUGGCUCUGAGACCGUUGUCCCUAUUUCUUUUCGCCACCUGAUUCUCCCGGAGAAGUAUCCUCCCCCAACUGAGCUUCUCGAUCUCCAACCACUCCCUGUAUCUGCACUUCGAAACCCUGCAUAUGAGGCAUUGUUUGCGGACAAGUUCCCGCACUUCAAUCAGAUUCAGACACAAGUAUUCACAGUUCUGUAUAAUUCUGACGACAAUGUGCUGGUGGCUGCACCGACAGGAAGUGGGAAGACGAUUUGUGCAGAGUUUGCUGUGAUGCGAAUGUUGCAGAAGAAGGCAGGAGAGCCUGGAGGAGGGAGGUGUGUGUGCAUAGAGCCCCUGGAAGGGCUAGUCAAAGAGAGAUACCAAAGCUGGCAAGAGAAGUUUGGAAACGGUCUUGGUGCCCGUGUUGUGGAGCUGACAGGACAGACUUCCACUGACCUGAAGCUUUUAGAAAAGGGGCAGAUCGUCAUAACCACCCCAGAACACUGGGAUAUGCUAUCUCGUCGGUGGAAACAGCGUAAACAUGUCCAGCAGGUGGACCUGUUUAUUGUAGAUGAGCUGCAUCUGAUUGGUGGUGAAAAGGGCCCGGUUUUGGAGGUCAUCGUUUCCAGGAUGCGGUACAUCUCCAGCCAGAACAAGCAUGCCAUUCGGAUAGUAGCCCUGUCCACGUCGCUUGCAAAUGCCAAGGACCUGGGGGAGUGGAUAGGUACAAGCUCUCAUGGCCUCUUUAAUUUCCCUCCAGGUGUUCGACCUGUUCCACUUGAGAUUCAUAUCCAAGGAAUUGAUAUCUCCAACUUCGAAGCGAGGAUGCAGGCUAUGACGAAGCCAACAUAUACAGCCAUCGUGCAGCACACAAGGGAUGGGAAACCUGCUUUGGUUUUCGUUCCAACUCGCCGCCAUGCUGGUUCUACCGCAGUUGACCUUGCUAUGUAUGCCAAUUCAGAUGACCUGCCCACACGCUUCUUGCAGUGCAAAGAAGAAGAUCUGAUCCCCUUCCUCGCAAAAGUGAGUGAUGAGCGAUUGAAGAAGGUGCUGCGGUAUGGGGUAGGGUAUUUGCACGAGGGACUGCAUGAGUCUGACAUUGAUAUUGUCCAGAAGCUCUUCACUGCAGGAGCUGUGCAGAUCUGUGUUGCAAGCAGUUCCAUGUGUUGGGGCAUGACCUUGACCAGCCACCUCGUUGUCGUCAUGGGAACGCAGUAUUACGAUGGCCGGGAGAAUGCACAUACAGACUAUCCAAUCACUGACUUGCUGCAGAUGAUGGGGCGGGCUUCUCGGCCAAAGGUGGAUGAUGAUGGCAAGUGCGUCAUUCUCUGCCAUGCUGCUCGUAAAGAGUACUACAAGAAGUUCCUUUAUGAACCUUUGCCAAUUGAGAGCCAUCUCGAUCACUUCUUACAUGACCAUUUGAAUGCAGAAGUAGUGGUGAAAACAAUAGAAAACAAACAGGAUGCUGUCGAUUACUUGACAUGGACGUUCCUCUACAGGCGGUUGACACAGAAUCCUAACUACUACAAUCUUCAAGGCGUCAGCCACCGGCAUCUCUCGGAUCAUUUGUCAGACCUCGUGGAGCAUACACUGAGCGAUUUGGAAAGCAGCAAGUGCAUUGCUAUUGAAGAUGAAAUGGACUUGUUGCCCCUCAACCUGGGUAUGAUUGCAGCUUAUUACUACAUCAACUAUACAACUAUUGAGUUGUACAGCUCUCUGCUAACUGCGAAAGCGAAACACCGAGCACUUCUCGAGAUCCUGUCACUCUCGUCGGAGUACGCGGGAUUGCCAAUGCGGCCAGGGGAGGAGGAGCUGAUCCGGAAGCUUGCAAAUCACCAGAGAUUCGCACCUCCCCAAGCAAAAUCAGCGGGAGGGGAAAAGGUUGGAGAGAAAGGAGGAGAUAAGGGAGGAGAGAAGGGAGGAGAGAAGGGAGUUGAGAAGCCAGCUUGCGACAAGGGUGUUGGUGAAAAGGGUGCACCAAGGUACUGUGAUCCUCACCAGAAGGCAAAUGUUCUCUUGCAGGCGCACUUUGCGCGGCAUACACUGACAGGAAACAUGGCUAUGGACCAGAGGGAAGUGCUUGUGAGCGCCGGGCGAUUGCUGCAAGCAAUGGUUGAUGUCAUUAGCAGUAACGGGUGGUUGAACCCAGCACUUGCUGCCAUGGAACUCAGCCAGAUGGUGACUCAAGGACUCUGGGAGCGUGAUUCAGUUCUGCUUCAGCUGCCUCAUUUCACCAAGGAGCUUGCAGCCAAGUGUCAGGCGAAAGGAAUUGAGACGGUGUUUGACCUGGCGGAGAUGGAAGCAGAGGAGAGACAUGACCUCUUACAGAUGACGAAAGAACAGCUAAUUGAUAUUGCGCGGGUCUGCAACAGGUUUCCAAACAUUGACUUGACAAAGGAGAUUGCUGAUGAAGAUGACAUUGCUGUUGGGGACACAGUGACUCUGCUCGUCACUCUGGAGAGGGACAUGGAAUCAGGUCAGGAUGUGGGACUUGUAGAUGCACCACGAUAUCCGAGGAUGAAGGAAGAGGGAUGGUGGUUGGUGGUCGGUGACUGUAAAAGCAAUCAACUUCUGGCAAUCAAACGUGUUUCAUUGCAAAGAAAGGCAAAAGUCAAGCUCGAGUUUCCGGCAGCUAAUGAAGUGGGAAAGAAGACGUACAAACUCUACUUCAUGUGUGACUCCUACCUUGGCUGUGACCAGGAGUACGAGUUCACAAUCAAUGUCAAGGAGGCAGAGGAAGGGGACGCCAUGGACGAAGGGUAGCUUCUUGGGCUCGCAGAUUUCUUGAAACUAGAGUAGGCUGUGGUUUCCUUCUUUCGUUUUCAAUGCCGAAGAUGAUGGCUUUCCUGAGGUGCUGUGCAUGCGCACAUAUGUGACCUUUCCCUGGGCACACAGAGACUAGGACUCCCUGACUGUAUGUGCCUGUAAUUAUGGCCAGAUUCUGUUAAGGAAGUCCUGGCUUGAGUAGUACCUUUGCAUAGGACAUGCCAUGGGUGCAAUGGCAGCACCUGGAACUAGGGUAGGAACUCAAGCAGCAACCACCAGUCUGUACUCUACCAUGUCAGGCUUGCAGUGAAAAUGAUGAAAUUUGCAAAAGUUGAACCCCGCCUCCCGCAUGUACCCGACACCCAUGUCCAAAUCGGCAGUGGGAUUUGGCACCUUGAAUCCAGUGAAGUUUGGCCCCCAUGUUCGAGUCCCCAAGACUUUUGUUAUCUGCCAGGGCUUCUUGAAUCUAAGACAGCAAAGCGGAUGCUAGGGGUCACCACAUCCAUGGCAACAUGAAGAUCCAUGAGAUGCACGGAUGCUACUCCGCUAAAGUUCACUUUCCACAUUGGGGACCUGCCACUGUUCUCCUAGAAACCCUCUGACGUAGUAUAGUAUUGGUGCGAUUGUGGGGCCGAUUUUAAACCAUUGCUGCCUUGCAGAACAACUCUGGUUAUCAGGAGACUUGUCCCCUUUUUCAGUUGGUCCAUUGGAUUGGUGAUUAGAUGGAUGUAGGGGGGUUUUCCUGUCUAUAAAGACUGGCCCGAUUCUUCUGGAGGUCCUGAUGGUGUAGUGUAGUCAACAGUUGAUGCAGAGCCAACUCUUGCUGCAAGGUCUAAACAACUCUGGUUUAUUGGGAGAGGUGCCGCCUUUUUGAGGUGGACCAUUGGAUUGGCAAUUAGAUGAACAUAGGUAGGAGGUUUUUCCUGUCUGUUGGGAUUGGCCUGAUCCUUCUGGAGGUACUGAUGGUUUUAAUGCAGUGUAGUGUAGUCAACAGUUGAUGCAGAGCCAACUCUUGCUGCAAGGCCUGGUUGUCAGGCGGUGGAUUGGAUGUGGCACGUCUUUUGAUGGGGUAAGCAACCGAUGGAGCAACCAACACAUCUCAGUGAUGACGAGGGUCUUCCACUCACACACAGGAGGGGCACUGUUGAUGAUGGGCCUCGGGGUAUUAUGUUUGUUGUUGACGGUUGACUGACCAUCCGUGUCGUAAACCACCAGUGCUUGGCCCAACUAUCGGCCGCGGGAAAGAAUAGAGUAGAAACGUUUCUAGUCGGAUGAAUUUGGGCGCUGCUGUAGUGACCCAUACGUUUCCUAAAAUUGUGGCUUGUUAACGGGCACAACAUUAGAAGUACUGGUGGUUUAAGGAUUGCCCUUCUGGAAUAAGCAAUUCCAGAAGGUAUGACCACCAGUACUUGGCCCAGCUAUCGGCCGCGGGAAAGAAUAGAGUAGAAACGUUUCUAGUCGGAUGAAUUUGGGCGCUGCUGUAGUGGCCCGUACGUUUCCUAAAAUUGUGGCUUGUUAAUGGGCACAACAUUAGAAGUACUGGUGGUUUAAGGAUUGCCCUUCUGGAGGAAGCAGUUCCAGAAGGUGGUUUAAGGAUUGCCCUUCUGAUAUGUCUGUUCGGGAUGUGUGAACAUGUACAUACAUCAUUGAAGGUGAUUCCAACAGGUUUGGAUGAUGAUGUACCAUCUGGGAAAAGUUGACCACAUGCUUUCUUUUGGGAAACACUUUAACAGGUUUGGACUCUGGAGAUGUGAAAAGGCAUGUCAACCAGUCU